AUGUCAGCAAUCUACAAGGCUUUACAAUCCAAAUCAUCAAAGGAAACAUCGGAAAAAACCAAACAUAUAAACCGACAAAGAGUUUUGGUGAUUUCCUCUCGUGGUAUCACUUAUAGACAUCGUCAUUUGAUUUCCGAUUUAAUGAAUUUGUUACCACAUGCCCGUAAAGAACCAAAAUUCGAUUCCAAAAAGAACUUGCAUCAAUUAAACGAAGUUGCUGAAUUAUACAAUUGUAAUAACAUUUUCUUUUUUGAAUGCAGAAAACAUCAAGAUUUAUACCUUUGGAUUACCAAGCCACCUAAUGGACCAACUCUUAAAUUCCAUAUUCAAAAUUUACAUACUUUAAAUGAAUUAAAUUUCACUGGGAACUGUUUAAAGGGAUCCAGACCAAUUUUAAGUUUUGACAAGUCAUUUUUAGAAAACGACCAUUUUAAAUUGUUGAAAGAAAUGUUUACCCAUACUUUUGGGGUGCCACCAAAUGCUAGAAAAUCAAAGCCAUUCAUUGAUCAUGUCAUGACUUUCUCGAUUGUUGAUGGUAAGAUCUGGAUCAGAAACUACCAGAUCAACGAAACCGUUGAUGUUAAAGACAACGAAUCUAACGAUAUCAACCCUGAAGAAUUAAGUUUGGUUGAAAUUGGACCAAGAUUAGUGUUAACUUUAAUUACCAUUUUGGAAGGGUCAUUUGGUGGACCAAAGAUUUAUGAAAACAAGGAAUAUGUUUCUCCAAACUUUGUUAGAGCCCAAGUUAAACAACAAGCAGCUAAGCAAGCCAUGGCUAGAGCCGAACAAGCAUUGGAAAGAAAGAUCAAGAAGAGAAACCAAGUAUUGGAAGCUGAUCCAUUAUCUAACGAUGCAUUAUUUAAAUAG